ACAAGCUCUCUCCUCCCUCCCUUCUCUACCUCUCCCCAACCCAUCCUUUCUCUGAAAACCUCACCGGCAUCCAGUAUAAACACUACUGGUCACCUUCCCGCCUCGUCGUCCAUCAAGCAGCAAUAUCAGUAGCCAACACCUCCUCGACAAGCUUUUGACAUCAAUCAUACCUAUCUACCACGAAUCCUCUCCGACAACUACACCAGCAAUCAUGCCCAUCGUCGACUCUGGAGAUUUCCGAUCCGCUGCCCACGAGAUCCGUCGGGAGAAGGAGCACCGUGUCAAGUACCGCGGAGUCAACAUGAACCUCAUUGGAAACCCCAAGACCACCAUUCCGGGUGCCGAGGCCAAGGCAACUUGGACCGCCACCAACAAACACCAGAUGCGGGCCCUGCCAUCCCGAACCUGCCAGUGUUUCAACUGCAAAUGCUACCGGGGCAAGAAAUCGCGGUCCCGCAAAGAGAUCCCACACACGGACGUGGUAUGCACCGCAUACGCGCCCUCGGCCAUGGCCCGCAAGACUCCUCGACCUACACUGAACCUCGCGGAUGACUUCCGGGACGACGACUACACCUCGUCCUCCUCGGACGAUGGUGACUACAUGGGCGGUGUUACCUACUCGUUCGAUAACACCGGCCCGAACUGUGAAAUGGACCUCUCCCAUGCCGUUACCGAGGCGGUCGAGAAGUUUGAGACCAAGGAGCUGGCGUUGAUCGUCAAGAAUGAGUACGAUUUCAUCAUGGAGAGCGAGACGGAGGAGGAGUUUGAGCUUAUCUGAACACUCGCUCUCGGUUCAUCUCCAUCGUGUCACUUCUUCUGAUACUCAUGUGUACACCUUUCCAUUUCGAUCCGUCGAUGUUUUAAUACUCCUUUGUUGCUCCUAUUGCUACUGUCGAUGCUCUGGUGUUUGGUUCCGAUUUCGGGGG